AGACACUGUCGACGUUGACGUGGACGUAGAUUUUCCUGCCUCUGGGCGCUGCCAAUGGCGAUGGUCAAUCUUCCGAAGGCUUUGAUAAUCUUGGCGCUGGCGUCGCCGGUCUUCACAGCGUCGCCGACGUCCUUCAACGAUCCUUUUCGCGCCAUUUCCGCGGCCGUAGCUCGCGAGUCCCCACCUGUAUGCUGUCUCAUUCCCCUCGAGCCCACGGAUACAGAUGCUUUACUUUCCUUUGAGGAGUGGAAGGAGAAGCAGGCCGAGCUACAGAAGAAGGCGGGGAAAGAGAAUGACGGGAAUCAGUCAGGCAAUAUCUCCGGCGCGGCAAAUAUUCAUUUUACUGGGCAAUCUGACACCACUGGUAGCGAUGGUCAGACCGUAUCAUCGUCGUCUUCGCAUGAUUCUACGGACGAGUCGAUAUCACCUCAUUUCCAAGUUCCGUUAACAGACAGAUUCAAUUAUGCGGCCCUCGAUUGCUCUGCACGGGUCCACGUCGCUCAUCGUUCAGCAAGGUCGAUGUCUUCUAUAUUAUCGUCCAAACGUGAUAGGUACAUGCUGAGCCCAUGUAUGUCUAAAGACAAGCAGUUCAUGGUCGUGGAAUUAUGCGAUGACAUUCGAAUCGACACAGUACAGUUGGCCAACUUUGAAUUCUUCAGUGGGGUCUUUAAGGACUUUACUGUCAGUGUGGCAAAGACAUACACAGUACGCGAAGAAGGCUGGACCAUAGCAGGGACUUACAGAGCCAAGAAUGUUCGGGGUGUACAGUCCUUUCAUCCACCUACGUCGCUUCACGACUUUUACAGGUACAUACGGAUAGAGUUUCACUCCCACUACGGCAACGAGUACUACUGCCCCAUCUCCUUGCUCCGAGUUUACGGACUUACUCAUCUUGAACAAUGGAAGUGGGACGUAUGGGAAGCGGAAUAUCGCGCCAAACAUGAGGAAAUUCGGUCUCUUUCCGCUUCGGUUGUUGACGAACCCGAGCCUGUCCAGAUUUCAACAACGAAUAUUGCUCAACAGACCAUUGACCUUGGUUCCAUCCCGGAAAGCCCUCACUCCUCUCUGACAUUCGGUCCUGCUACUUCCGAAUCCACAACACAAUUUACCAGCACACAAUUUACAGCACCGGCGACAGAGAAUGACUCGUUCUCGGGGCACCACGAAUCCUCCCACGAAGGUGACACGUAUUCUACAGACCUGCAUAUUGCCCAACUUUCUUCUUCGACUGUUCAUCACCCAGCAAGUACACCGCUCAGCGAUUCUGUCCCGGUCUCAGAGCGGUCUUCUGUUGAUGUGAACUCGUCCUCGAACACCAGCGGACAUUCAUCUUCGUCGGCCGCCUCUUCCUCUCCAUCCGCCACAAUCAUCGCGGCUUCUGGUUCAAUUAACCAGCCUGUUCCACCUCCGAUACCUCCCACUACUGGGGGUGAAUCUAUAUAUCGUACCAUCAUGAAUCGUCUUACGGCGUUGGAAGGAAACCAUACCUUAUAUGUUCGCUACAUCGAGGAACAGACCACUGGAGUAAGAGAGAUGCUAAGAAGGCUGGGUGAAGAUGUUGGACGCCUAGACGGUCUCGGCAAAGCUCAAGCUCAAAUGUAUCAGAAAAGCCUUCGUGAAUGGGAUAAACAACGACUUCGAAUCGAAAUGGAUUAUAGGGAACUGGCAAAUAGAGUUGACUACCUUUCCAACGAGAUUAUUCUUGAAAAGCGUCUAGGCAUAGCUCAACUCUGCCUUUUACUCGCCGUCCUAGUUUUCAUGGGACUCACUCGUGGAUCCAGAUCUGAAUCUAUAGCGGAACAUGGCCCGCUGAUGUUCAGACGAAGCAUGAGAGAAUGGGGCCGUCGACAUCUAAGCUUUAGCGGCGAUUGGUUCAUCAGAAGGAGUAGCAGCACUCCCGCACAAAUCGAAAUGUCUCCCCGACCUGGCAGCUUUGCAGACAAUGGUCAGUCUAGAAACUGUUUCUGGCAAACAAUCAACCUGACGUUGGACAUUAGAUGCAAAGAUUGAAUUCCCAACAUCUUCA